UCCAAAACGCUCGCGCCAUUCGCCCUUGUCGUUACUCGUUAGUGCCUGGCUGCCUGCGAGUGUGUUAAGUGGAGUCUCAAGGACCAUUCGGUCUACACCCCUCUCAGCCCUCUGAAUUCUCAGUAGUAGAAUAUUUGGUAGCCCAUAUUUCUCGAGCUAAUCUCUUUUUCUUCAUUUUUAUAAGCUAAUCCAUAUUAAGCAUCAAUUUUCUAGCAUGACUGGCCCAAAUGGAGACACCAGCUCGAUUGCUGACUCGGAAGAUCAAGAUAUGGAGGACACUUGGAGUGUGGGCAGUGGAAGCAAUGCAGACAACACAUCUCGAUCCACCACACCAACAAUGUCUGCGCCUGCUGGUCCUCAUAAACGUGGGAAAGCCAAGAGAGGCAGGAAAAAAGCUCCUCAGCCCCUACCUCCUCAGAAUCUCUAUAAAUUUGUAUCAUUUCUUAAAGAAGAUCAUGGCCAACCUCUUUUUGGAGUUGCAUUCAACCAAUAUCUGGGUGAAGGGCAGCCUGCCGUGUUUGCCACUGCUGGCAGCAACAGAGUUUCAGUCUAUCAGUGCGAGAAGAAUGCCUCCAUUCGUCUGCUACAAUGCUAUGCUGAUCCUGAUCCUGAAGAAAACUUCUAUAGCGUCGCUUGGAGUUAUGAUACAGAGACUGGACACCCUCUGCUGGCUGCCGGCGGUGCCCGAGGCGUCGUGAGACUCUUCUCCAUUGCCACCAUGACCUGCACUAAACAUUUUACUGGUCACGGCAAUGCAAUUAACGAAGUAAAGUUCCACCCUGGGAACCCUGACUUGCUGCUGUCUGUGAGCAAGGACCACGCGAUGCGGCUCUGGAACGUGCGCACUGACAUCCUCGUCGCUCUGCUCGGUGGAGUUGAGGCUCACAGGGACGAAGUCCUUAGCGCUGACAUAGACGUGGAAGGUCGUUAUCUGGUGUCCUGUGGCAUGGAUCAUUCGCUCAAGAUUUGGAGCCUCACGACAGAAGCCAUGCAAAACGCUAUCAAAGAUUCUUACACAUUCAAUCCAGCGCGCUCUAAUCAGCCUUUUGCAACUGUUGAGCAAAAUUUUCCCGACUUUUCAACCCGGGACAUCCACCGAAACUACGUUGACUGCGUUAGGUGGUUGGGUAAUCUCGUGCUUUCUAAGAGUUGCGAGAACACGAUCGUGUGCUGGAAGCCUGGCUUGUUAAAUCAGACAGAACUGAAGCUGAACGACACAAACGUGACGAUCUUGCACAAAUUCGACUACAAGGAAUGCCAGAUUUGGUUCAUGCGCUUUUCUCUGGACUUUUGGCAAAGAAUGUUGGCAGUAGGUAACCAGCAAGGAAAGAUUUACGUGUGGGAAAUGACAGCAACAGAUCCUCGAAUGAUUCGACCUAGUACUCUCAGCCACCCGCGCUGUACAGCUGCCAUACGCCAAACUGCUUUCAGUCGUGACGCGUCAAUACUCAUAGGCGUCUGCGACGACGCCACCAUUUGGCGAUGGGAAGCCACUCCCAAUUCAUAAGACCCUGGGGCAAAAUAGAUGGAGUAUUUUUUUGUUUGCUUAUUCAAAUGAUAUUAGUUCAUAGAAGCAUUGUUCCUGAGCGUCCCACCACUGAGCUCGCGGUGUCUGACCGUGGGUCUCGGUUGCGGGUUUACAUUGCUAUUUAAGCAGAAUUCUAUCUAUGCAUUCCUUUCCUUGGUCUCAUUCUUGCAGGCUGCCGACUUCUCGUGUAAGCGAAAUCUUGUACGUGUGUCUUCAUUGCUGUUGCUAUUUAAUUAAUAAUUUUUAAUUAAUUCGUCUCUUUGAGACGGUUACACUGUUGCUUCCCUAAAAGGUUCAGCGACUUGACCACUUGUGGGUGAUGAAUGAUGUAACAAAUUUUUAAGAAUCGAGAUCUUCUGCCGUGCGGGGGAUGUUUAUUUUUAACUUCCGGUGAAAAAAUCUGAAUGGCUUAAUCUCAAUUAAAUCUUUGUAAACUAAUGAUGAUAUUUGUCAUUAAUAUAGGAGGAUAUAUUU